AUGGAUUGUACCUCGCUGGCCUCUCCACAGCAACCACCCACUCUGUGUCUUUCUGUUGAGUACGCUCUGCAUUCUGUGGCUCAUGUUGAUUUUGGCUUGGAGAAGGUUACAGUGACCUACUCUCAAGGCAACGCUGGUCCUGGGUUUCGCAAGGUGGAUCCAGACCGAUGGGAGUUCGCGAACGAGGGUUUCCUGCGAGGCCAGCGACACCUCCUUCGCACAAUCCAGCGUCGCAAGCCCGCGUCGCAGACGGGAGCCGCAGCGACGAACUCCUCCCUCCCCCACGGCCACCCACACUCCCCCGCGUCGCUCCACGGCGCGCUCCCCGUCCCCGCGUCGCCCAGCCUAGUCGAGGUCGGCAAGUUCGGCCUAGAAGGCGAGGUGGAGAGAUUAAAGCGCGACAAGAAUGUCCUCAUGCUUGAACUCGUGCGACUGCGGCAGCAGCAGCAGCAGCAGGCGAGCACGAUGCAGGUGAUGGAGCAGCGCGUGGCGAUGAACGAGCAGCGGCAGCAGCACAUGAUGACUUUCCUCGCCAAGGCCGUUCAGAACCCCGCGUUCCUCGCGCAGCUCAUGCAGCACCAGACGGACCACGCCAAGCGCACGCACGCGCACGCCGGCAUGGGGCGCAAGAAGCGGCGGAUCUCCAAGCAGGACGGCGGAAACUCCCCGCCGUCGGGGUCCUCCUCCCCCAGUCUGCACCCCGAGGGGCAGAUUAUCGCCUUCUCCCCUGCCGCAGCCGAUCCUUCCAUGUUCCUUCUAGAGCAGUUCUUCCCGGCCGCCGCCGCCGCAGCAGCAGCAGCAGCGACAGCGACAGCAGCAGGAAGCGGAUACCCCGCUGCAGCGCCAAUGGUGCCCACACCCCCGGGGUACCCCCCCGUGCUGCCCCCGCCUCCCCCUGGCAUGGACCUAUCACAGAGCCUGCUGGUGCAUGGCUCUGCCGCCUCCCUCGCCCACACAGGCCCGGCUGCUGCUGCAACUGCUGCGACUGCUGCGGAUGUGUCUGGGGCGGGUGUUUCUGCUCCUGUUGCUGAGAUGAAGGUGCCGCUCGGGUUGGCUGUGGAAGGCAGCAGGGUAGCGACAGGAGAGGCGUCCGGGGCGGGGGAAGGCAGCAGUGCAGCAGGCGGUGCAGUGUCGAGUGGGAAAGCGCGAGGAGACGUGGUGGGGGCAGGGGCAGGGGAGAUGGCGGGAGAAGCAGGUGUGGUUGGGGGAGGAGGUGUUGGGGAGGGAGUGGGCGGGGAGGGAAUAGGGGAAGGCAUAGGGGAGGGGGAUGGGUUGGAUCUGGAAGGUACGGGGGGCUUUAAUGAUUCCUUCUGGCAGCAGUUUCUCAGUGUGGCGCCUGGGGAGGGGGAGGGGGAAGGGGAGGGCGGAGGGGAGGGCGAUGGGCAGGGCGGUGUGUGUGUGGGGGAUUUGAAUGUCGAUGAGCUGGCAAGGGGGGUAGAGGGGUCGCUUGACGAAGAACAAGGGAGGUAA